CUUUUGCAUUGGGAAGGAUACUGAGGUCCCAUGAUUCCAUGACACUGUGGGAUGAUGACCCAGGAGCCAGGCAAUGGUUAAGGCUGCCUAUUUAUGGCCUACAGUGGGUACCCUCUACGUUAUCUUUGCGGAUGGAGAUGGGCAUGGUUGACGUCAAGAAAGGAUGUGUUGGCCGACGGAGGAGGUGCUGUGGAGCCAGGAUGAUCAUCUUUUGGCUCUGACAAACAGAACAGACCAGAAGAAAAUCGUAAGACCGGAACCUUGAAGCAUGCCAGGCCCAAAAAUUAAGACUCAUUUGAACAGGAAACAGAACCACCCUGCAUAUGUCAAUAAGCUUAAUGAAUUACGUGCUACCACACAUGACUAUGUUACUCAGCUCUCCACUUCUAUCACGCCAUACAAAAAAGGAGGAGGAGGAGACCAUUGGGCUGUAUAUAAGAAGGGUAGAAACUUCACUGAAGUACAGGGAAGACCCAAAAAGACCUCAGGGACAGUCAACGGACUACUCUCCUCUCUCUCAUCCCAAGCAGGAACGUCUUCGUGAACCACCUGUCAUGUUAAAGCAGUCACCUAUCGCUGGGGGCUUAUCUCCCCCCGACCUUCCUACUCAAGAAGUGCAGGAUAUCACCAACCAGGUUAAACUACAAUUUAGAGUCAGAGUAAACGGGAGCUAUGACAUCUUUAGAGCCAUACUCUACAGGACUCAAGUAGUUGCUGGGACAAUGUACUUCAUUAAGGUCCAAGUUAAUGGUGUUGAAUAUGUCCACUUAAAGGUGUUUGUGGGCCUUCCUGCAGAGAACGUAUAUCCUGUCCUUGUCAAUUUUCAGACUGGCAAGACCAGAAAUGAUCCUCUGGACUACUUCUGAGACACGAUGAGGGCAGUGCUUCACUUCUACAAGUCACGUGGGGGUUCUGACCAUGACAGUAAAUGCAUGAAAAUAAAAUAAGGCUUGAAAGCUA